AUGGCGAUCUUCAAAAGGGGCCUCAAACCAAACAUCAGAAAGGAACUGCGGAUGUGGACUCCCGAACAGUUGGGCCGCGCUAUGGACCUAGCCCAACAGAUUGAAGAAAAAAAUCAACCCAACAGUAACAGCGGGUUUGGGACAACUGGACCCAGAAGCUCCACUACCUUGUCUUCAAGAGGUAACAUCGUUACUUCUUAUUCCCCUAACACUUCCACUACCGUUAAAAACCCUAGUGCGUGGAAACGCAACUUAGGUGAAAUACGACCAUUAACGGAAGCUCAAAUCAACGAGAAACGAGCCAAGGGUCUAUGCUACAAGUGUGAUGAAAAGUGGAACAAAAGCCACAAGUGCAAGUCUCAAAUCAACGUUAUCUUGGUGGAAGAGGAAGACCCCCACCUGGAACAUGAUCCUUCACCUGACGAAGGGCUAGACCAGGAAGCUCGACUGGAGUCAACGGAGGUGAACAAUACGGUGGAAGUCUCUCUUAAUUCGAUAGUCGGAUUAACUUCGCCCAAAACCAUGAAGCUAACAGGAAGGGUUUGGGAUAAACCCGGAAUUACUCUCAUCGACCCGGGGGCAACUCAUAAUUUUAUAGCCUCAAGGGUAGUGGAAGAAUUGGGAAUUGCAAUCACGGAUACUAAACCAUACGGAGUUAGGAUGGGUACAGGAGAUAGCGAAGCGGGAAGAGGGGUAUGCAAGGGAAUACUGUUGCAGCUCCAGGAAGUUGAUAUUGUUGAAGAGUUCCUUCCUUUAAGACUUGGAAGCGCGGAUGUCAUCUUAGGGAUGAAGUGGCUAGAAAUGUUGGGUACCACCCAAACCAACUGGAAGGAGCAGACUAUCGAAUUCGAAGUGGGGGGUCAAAUGGUGAGAUUGAAGGGGGAAGCUGCUUUGGGAAAAUCUCGUGUCACUCUAAGAACACUGGAAAGGGAACUCAAGAGAGAAGGAGCAGGGAUGGUGGUGGAAUUUUGUAACACCGAGACCGAGAUGCAUAGUGAGGUACCUCUUUUAUUAACUCAAAUCCUCCAUAAAUUCAAAUGUAUUUUUCAAGAACCCAAGGAGCUACCGCCUAGGCGUCAUCUUGAACACCAGAUAGUCCUAAAAGACGGCACCCCACCGGUUAGUGUUCGUCCCUACCGGUAUCCCCACUACCAAAAAGACAAGAUUGAGCGUUUGAUUCAAGAAAUGUUGACUACGGGGGUUAUUCAAGUCAGUAACAGCCCCUAUUCGAGUCCGGUGAUUUUGGUCAAAAAGAAGGACGGGUCUUGGCGGUUCUGCGUGGACUACCGGGCAUUAAAUCGGGCAACCGUUCCCGAUAAAUUCCCCAUUCUGGUGAUUAACGAGUUAUUAGACGAACUACAUGGGUCUGUUAUUUUCAGCAAAUUGGAUCUCCGAUCUGGAUACCAUCAUAUUCGGGUUCGGACACAGGACAUACCCAAGACCGUUUUCCGCACACAUGAUGGGGAUUACGAAUUCAAAGUAAUGUCUUUCAGGCUUACAAAUGCCCCGGCGACCUUCCAGUCCUUAAUGAAUGAUAUAUUUCACCCGUAUCUGAGAAAAUUCAUUUUGGUUUUCUUUGAUGACAUCCUCAUCUACAGCCCCAGUGAAGAUCUUCAUCAAAACCACCUCAAUUUGGCCUUCGAGGUAUUACAAAAAAAUCAAUUGUUCCUCAACCAAAAGAAAUGCACAUUUGGGCAACGAAAAGUCUCAUACUUGGGCCAUGAGAUAUCCGCCCAGGGAGUGGCUGCUGAAGCUUCCAAGGUUCAGGCGAUGCUGGACUAG